AUAAUGAUCUAAAUCCUUUCUUAGAGCUGUGUUUAUGCUCUAUUUGUUGUAAAGUACCACAAGCACCUGUUACAUUAAAAGAUGCGAGCACUUGUUCUGUUUUUUUUGUCUUGCUAAAGAAAUGAAACUAAGUUAUAUUCAUGAAACUUUUUGCCCAAAAUGUAAAGAAAAAAUAUAUUACAAUGGUUUGUUGACUAGUAAGCAAACUGAUGCUCUUUUCAAAAUGUUAACACUAGUAUGUUUUUUAUGCAUUACUAAAUUCAAUGCAUUAAAAGAAUAUGAGUUUUAUCUUGUUUAUAAAAGUAAAUGUGAUAAGGAAAAUACAUCAUUACAGUCAUCACCAGCAACAUCGCCUAAAAGUAACAGUAUUAGUGAUGUAUUUAAAAUAAAUAAAGAUAAUAUUCCACAAGAACUAGAAGAAGCAGCGCUUCAUAUUAUUACACUAAAAAUAAAAAAAUCUGGAGAGAAUGUAGCUGAGUUUAAAAGUGGUGGUCCUAGACCAAUAAUAUUUACACAGACACCAAAAGCUUAUGUCAAAAGCGACCAGGCAUCAAUAUCUACAAUACGACUUUGUAAUAACAAUAUUACAAAUCAUUUAGAAAUUGUAACAGGCAAUUUAGGUGAUUCAGUUGUAAAGCAAACAAAUAAAUUAAUAAAAUCCUUUACCAGACAAUCAGAGACCAGACAAUCCAUAUUAAAAAGUGCAAAGAUUAACCACACUGAUAUAAAUGCAAGUGUAAUGGUAGCUAUGAAAACAGACAUGGGUCUUUCAUUGGAAAAACUUAAAAUAAUGUCCAUAUGGCUCAAAACAUUUGGUAUAAACACUGCAUCAAAUGAUUCACAAAGAAUGGUUGCAGAAAGUUGGUCUGGAAAUGACAUAAUUGUUGAAAAUGCUCCUUUCACAUUUCAAAAAGAAGAAAAAAAUUUUGAAAUUAAAGAAGCUCCUUGGGGUUAUAUUACUGAUUUACGUAAACAUAUUUUUAGAUAUCUUGAAAAAUUGGAAAGUUGUAAUGGUCUGGUGCAUCAUAAGUUCAUUCCAGAUAAAGAAAUUCAAAUAAAAAUAGGAGGAGAUUAUGGUGGGGGUAGUUUCAAGAUGAGCUAUCAGAUUGUCAAUACUCUAAACCCAAACAGUAUCGAAAAUACGAUUGUUUUUAACAUGUUUGAAGCAAAGGACUACAGAGUAAAUAUUAAAGUAGCCAUGACAAGAUUUCAAAAACAAAUAGAAGACCUCCAAAUAAUUAAAUAUAAGUAUGUUAUAAGUAUGUUCUAA